AUGGACACCACUGUUGAAAGGAUUCCUAGGACUGUAGGAAACAACAAUACUGCAGGUAAUAAGAUUAUUAUUGCUAGUUCCCCUUAUGUGAUUAACACUGUUAAGGGUAAUACCUUAGCUGAGAUUUCCACUGAUAUGGUUAGAAAGGCUGCUGAACCAUCCCCAGAAAAUGAAGGUAACCUAAUUGAGCAGGUGGAGGCAGUUAUGGAAAAAUGGAUAGAAGUUAUAAGAAGUGGCAAGGACAGAGGUAAACAACUAGUUAACCCCAACAGUGUGAACAAGAUUGUUUGUGAUAAUGGAUUUGAGACUCUUGAGAUUUCGAAGGAUCUUAUAGAGUCUCAAAAUACUGGCCAAUGA